UUAUAUUUGUUUUUUGUAGAUGUGUGAGUGCCUAACAAUUCUGUUUGAAGCACUCAUUCAGAGCUGAUGGAAGAGGCAGGGAAAAGCACAAAGAACCCAACUGGUAGUGGCCUUGGGAAAGCUGGAGCCAGGCGUUUGGGACAGCUCCUGAAACGAGCCAUCCAGAGCCCGGAGCCGGAAGAUCCGAAGGGAAGGAGGAAAGAGUCGCUGCCCAAGACUCCAUUACGCCUUUUCAAGCAUCAGAUUCAAACACAGACUAAGGGUGGAACCAAGAAAGACUCCACCAAGCUGGCUUUACCAGAGGUCUCCAAGGUCAUCCAUGGUGUGGUGUCCCAGUGCAAACGCAGAGGCAGCAUCUCCAUGGCACAGCUCAAGCAAACACUUGCUGCCGAAGGCUAUGAUGUCACAAAAAGCAACAGGCAGGUCAAGGCCACAACCAUACGGCUGGUAAAACGGGAGACAUUUGUACGAACUACAAGAAGUGCAUCACUCAGACUCAACAAAAAAAUAUUGACAGACAAAAGGAGGAACCCCGUGAAAUCUCCAAAGCCCAAGGAGGAAAAAAUGACUCUCCGAUCAAGAGGGCAAACACAAAAACCAAAGGGCAAGACCCACACGGGGGCAUCUGGAUCGAACAACCAAAGGGGCAAAACUCCAAAACCAGAGCAAAAACAGGCCUCCAAGCUAAGAAAAACAGCAAUCAAGGUGCAAAAACAUGCAAAGAUCAAAGCUGCACAAGCAAAGAAAACACUGAGAAAACGAAAGCUAUAUCGAUAAAUGUCUUCAGGAGCGAUUCCCCCUUUAAAGCACAAUUGACAAACUGCAACAACAUAAAGCCCCUAUUAGGAGCUUACAUUAAUGGGCAAUAAACUUAGAAAAAAUGUGG